GUAGUGGGAACAGUCGUGGACAGCGCACUAGAGUAUCCUGUCAAACUUGGAAUAAACACGGAGAUGGGACAUGUUUACGCAGAUAACGUCUGUAACUGUCCAAGAUAAUGGACAAUGUUUGAAUAUGUUUUAAUGACUAUAGCCUAAUUGUUUUAUCCUAAGCCACUGUAAUAGGACAAGGUCUAUUUAACAAAAUCUCUUCUGGAAUUCUGUGGCAGCAAAAAAAAAAAACGUGUCAGGGAAUUGAUUAAGGUUUUCAAAUUUUGGUAGGCUAAUUUAAAUUCAAAUUAGUUGAACAGACGUCUAGUUUCGGAAAAUGUGAUGUGCACUUGUGCCUAUUUGUAGGCCUGCUAUUAAUAGGAUGGAGCUAGCACCACAUGCUUGCCUGUGAUUGACAAUUGCAGUGCCUUAGCGUUAGGACAGCACCGGGCUCCGGGGACAGCGCAAAACACACACGUAUGUAACAGCCUCCCUGUCACCACUGGCUCCGAAUCACUGCGGUGGACUCAUUCGGUUUUUGGGACUUUGAUAACAAGGGGACUUGUUUGAAAGGACAACAUCCAGGCUCCCCUGCAAGAAGUCUGGGGCGCUUCUGGGAUAUUCUUCUCUGGGAGUGUUUUUUAAUCAUUAUUUUGCCGUUUAUUUCAUACUUUCGUCGAAUUUGAACUAUGACAUCUCGGAGGCCCAUGGCGCGGUCAUACUCCGGCAAUGGAAGAUCCAACAGCUUUAAUGAGGACGACUCGGGCCCAAGCAGCAGGGCCGAUGGCCGCAACUACCUCUCCAAUGUCCGGGCAGAAAACAGCUAUUCACAGAACAGGUAUUCACACUACAGACCCUCGAGGAGUACAUUUUGUACUGUCAUGUCCCAGCUGACAGAGGAAACCCAGCCAUGUUUUGAGACAACCAUAAAGCCCAAAGCCGUCUCAGAGGCCUGCAACGUCAAGUUCACCUGUGUAGUAUCAGGUUACCCUGCGCCUGAGCUCACCUGGUACAAGGAUGACGUGGAACUGGACAGGUAUUGCGGCCUACCAAAGUACGAAAUCGUCCGCAAUGGAAAAACACACACACUCCAUAUUUAUAAUUGCACCCUGGACGACGCGGCCAUCUACCAGGCGUCGGCGCGUAACAGCAAGGGCAUCGUGUCGUGCUCCAGCGUGCUGGAGGUGGGCGUGAUGAGCGAGUUCAAGAUCCACCAGCGCUUCUUCGACAAGCUGAAGCAGAAGGCCGAGGCCAAGCGGCGCGAGCUGGACGAGAGCCGGCGGCGCGACAGGGAGGCCCGCGAGCUGGAACACCUCAGCAUCAUGCAACAGGAGCAGAUGAGCAUCCAGCAUCAGGACCGCAUCGCCAGGAAACGGAGGACACCCGAGGUGGCGGAGGAGGAGGCAGCGGAGACGCCGGCGGCCGCGGAGACGGCAGUUUCCGAGGUGACAAACGCUGCCGAAGCCAUGGAGACAGCGGCGAGCACCGACGCGGUAGCAGAGAACGGCAACCAGGAGGUGAACCACGUGGCUGUGGAGAUUGUCACGACCAAGCCGCCGACGAAAGAGAAACUAGCCAAGAAGAAGAUCAGGAUUUCCAACGGGUUUGAGGAGGACGUGGUGAUCAGCGGGGCUCAGAAAGAUGAUAAACACAUAGGGGAUGAGAGUAUACGGCACGUGGGGGAUGAGAGCAUGAGCAUGGCACGGUGCCUCUCAGAGGCAGUUCAGUCGCAGGCACAAACGGUGGAGGAAAAACAAAGCCCUGCACAACAGACUGCACAACAUGCACAGCCCAUGGAGGUGGACAUCGCUAGUCAACAGGAGAAAGAAAAAGAACUGGAAAGGGAGAGAGAAAGAGAGCGGGAGAAGGAGCGAGAGAUGGAGAGACAGCGCGAGCUGGAGCGAGAAAAAGAGAAAGAGCGUUUACGACAAGAAGAAGAGCAAAGGCAAAAAAGAGAAAGAGAAAAGGCCCAAGAAAUGGAGCGGGCCAAACAGUUAGCGGCGGAGAAGGAGAAAGCUGAAAAACAGCAGAAAGCCGCGGCACAGAAUAAGAAAUCCAACUCGGAAUCGCACCCGAAGUCGACCAUCACCAACAUGUUCACCUCCCUUUCCUCGUUGUUCUUUGGGAAGAAGAACAAGUCCACUGACUCCCAAGAGAGUGAAACUCCUCCUCGAAGCCCAGGACUGCAGCACCAAGCCAUGGAGGUGGAGGAAAUGGUAGAGCCGGCCCAGUCGCCCCAGUUGCCACGGAGCUUGAGGUCAACUGUGGACUAUGGGGUUACCGUGACGACAGCAGCGGAGGAGCUGUCGCCAGUACCUCAGAGGCCGCCAGAGGUUUCCACGGAGACAAACAUGGUGGAGGUGCCAGGAAGAGUGGAAGAGGAGGAGGUGAGAGCCAGUCCCAAAAAGAGGCCAGCGCCUCCACCACCUCAACCACCCCCUGCUUCCCUAACUCCUGUUUCUCCUGUCGCUCUCGCUUCACCUCCUCCUCUACCACCUCCAGCUCCCCCAGCCCUGUUAGCUCCUAUUGCUCCCUCUCCACCUCCCCCUCCACCAGCCUCAGCUCCUCCAGCCCUUGUAAGUUCCUCUCCCCCUCCUCCAGCCCUUGUUGCUCCUGUAGUGGCUCCUUCACCUCCUGCACCCCCUCCACCUCCUCCUGCUUCCCCACCUCCUUUAGCUCCAGGUUCAGCUCCUUCAGCCCUUGUAACUCCCUCUCUACCUUCCCUUCCACCUCCUGCUCCCCCAGCUCCCGUAGUUCUCCCUUCACCUCCCGCUUCACCAUCCUCAGCUCCUCCAGCCCUUCUAGCUCCUGUAGCUCUCCCUUCACCAUCACCUUCACCUCCACCUCCACCACCUCCUGCUCCACUUGUACCUCCUGCUGCUCCCUCUCCCUCUCCACCUCCCCUUCUGCCACCCUCAGCUCCUCCAGCCCUCCUAGCACCUGUAUCUCUCCCUUCACCUCCCCCAGCUCCUGUAAUUCCCGCUACACCUCCCGUUCUACCACCAUCACAGUUGGAGGAGGCCAUGGAUGACCAAGAGCACGUCCAGCUCCAGCUCCAGGUCCAGGCUGAGGAGCUCGUGCAGUCAGGUGGGCUAGAGAUAGCCGCCCAAGUCCAGGAGGAACAGGGCAUGAUGGUGGCCGUGCAGGAUCUACACGCUGAGAAGGCCCUCUGCCGCCUUGAGGAACCGUCGAUUCGCACCCAGCCAGAGUCACAGACCCAGUCAGAGCCAAAGGCACCUCCAGAGGCUGUCACUGGAGAUGUCAGAGACAUGCUCAGUUUACAGGUCGCAGGGGGCCCAGCGGAGGGUCACGCGGCGACGAACCUGGAGAGCAGAGACGACUCAUACACACACGCAAGCCCAGCACACGGUCUGCCCAUACCAGCAGGCCCGGCGGCAGUGAAGCCGGACGUAGAGAUGGGGCAGGGGGUGGAGGGAGAGCCGGGAGUCGAGGUGGUGCGUGACUUUGUGGCACCACAGAUAGACACAGCAGUCCGAUCAGCACAGCAAGAAAAGAUAAAGGAGGUAGAUGCAGAGGAGUCGAAGGAGGUUGAAGUGAAGGAAGCGAAAGAGGCAGAGAAGUUAACAGAGUUAGAGGUUGACACCAGCAUAGUGGAAAGCAGCUCAGACAUAAUCAUGGCUACGGCAGAGGAAGAGUCUAGCGUACUGGCUGAGGGAAACGUAGAGGAAAGUAAGGAUGGUGAGUCGAGAGAGGAGAGUGAGUCAGAGAAAAUAUCACACAUGGAGAAUCAAUUACAAGACAAGACUCCUGUUUGUCAAGGAGUAAUCGCAUUGGAGGUGCCUAGUGUAGCAGUGCAUCCUGAUGUAGAUGUCACACCAGACAACGCAGAUGACAUGGCAGUAGGAAGUAGGAGAACAGCCGAGGUCAGCAGAGACGGAAGCGGAGAGUGGCUCGGCGAGAGUCAGAAGUCGGAUAGUUCUGCAACGGAUGAGAGGAAAGUGGAAGUUGAGGAAAUGGAGACAGAAGCGGCCGCUCAUAGUGGUGAGCACCUGGCAGCAGCAACGGCAGCAGCAAUGCAUCAUGGGGUGGCGGGAGACUAUCAGGUGACCGUGCCGCUCAUAGUCCUCCCUGCUGCUGAGCUGCACACAGAGGCAGCAAAAGGAGAGAAGGAGAGCUUCCUCAGUUUAACAAAUAAAGACACAACGGCGGCGCACAUUGGUAAGGCCGAACUUUCUCAGAUAAGUGAGACUAAGCCCCCCCUAAUUAAAGUUGAGGGCGAGCCCCCGUCCAGCCACGCCACUAGUGUCACACCGGCGGCUGAUGAGCCUCCCUGCCCACCGCCGAUCAAAGUCCCAGAGAUAAGGAUCACUGUCAAUGAGGAAGCGCAGGUCACACAGCAGCAGCAGCGGCAGCAGCAGCCCACAAGCACAAACAUCCCUUCAAUCAAUAUUCUGAUAGCCGAGCCCGAAGAAGAGAGAAAGCCACAGCCCACGCCUGUAGCAUUGCCAGCGCCUCGUCUCCCUGAACCACUGCAGAGUGAUGCAACAGAGUUAUCAGAUCAGAUGAUAGUAGAGCAGUGUGUGACCGUGAGACCUGGCCCUGUGCCUCUGUCUGUGCAAGCUGGUAGUGCUGUUGUUGCAGGCGGUGGCGGUUCACCCACGCCGGUAUUCGCGCCAAGCGGCGGCGUGGGCGGAACACCUGCAGGCACCGUCCUGCCUUCGGAAGUUGCGCAACCUAAGGUGGAGGUGGAGAGACGUUCCUCAAAAGAGCCGGAGCCUGCUAAGACAAGCAGACAGCCGCUCGACACCCCUUCCAUUCCCAUGAUAACCAUCGCGGGCGAAUUAGAUGGUGUCACGCCCCAGAGUGUACGCGAGAGCAACGCCGUUAUAGUCAAAGUGCCUUCACUUCCUGCCGCACAGGAAGAGGCUCAUAAAAGGCCAUCAGCAGCGGUGCCAUUGCCACCUCCACCCAUUGCCGUACCAUGCACAGACGGCAGCCGGGAAAUCGUGAAAGACGAGAAAAAACAAGAUGAUGACGCAACACAGUCCCUGGCUGCCAUAUUGUGGGGCGUGAAGAAUAACAUGGAGCACGAGAGACAAAAGUCCCCAGUUCCCCAAGACACUCUGAAAACCCAAGAGCCACUGCCACUGCCCCUCAAUGACAACCUGUCCGCACUGCCUCCGAGAGCACCCCCACCACCAUUACCAGAGACAGACGCCAGUUUACGGGCGGACACAGAUAAGACAGGUGUGGCACCCAAGGAGGUGGUGGAUAGCAGCGGGGACAGGCCCAGGAAAGACAAGGCGUCUGUGGAGAAGCUGGGCGUGACUCCUCCACUUUCCCCCAUGAUGAGCCCCUCCACCCUGCGACGCCUGAUGGCCAAGGGCCUCUUCGGCUCCGACAGCCCGCUCGGAACCUCCAUCCCAGCCAUCACCGUGGAUACGGAAGGUCGAGGGGAGGAAAACAGUGGAGGCAGCACCCCGACGUCGGUGCUGAGCUGCGAAAGCAGUCCCAAGAUGCGACGCAAAGACAGCCCCUCGCCCAUCCCCGCCGCCACGCCCGAAGAGCUGGCCUUGGGUGCCCGACGCAAGAUCUUCCUCUCCAAGGCCAGCAAGUCCGACGAGGCGGAAGGCGGGGCGGUGUCACCAGACGCCCAGGGCAAGAGCCCCUACAUGUCACCCAGUCAGGCGAGGAGGGCUGCCUUCCUCCAGGCCCGAGCAGGAGAGCCUGGCCAGCAGACCCCGCCCAUGGAGAGGCGGUCACCCCUAGUCAGCCGCAGGAAGGUCACCCUGGAGGUCCCCAAGGUGCAGGAGACUCCAGAGGAACCAGAGACGCCCAAGACCGAGGCCAAGCCAGACCCCUUCAAAGCUCCUCAGGUGAUCCGUAAGAUCAGAGGAGAGCCCUUCUCGGACGCCACAGGCCACCUGAAGCUGUGGUGCCAGUUCUUCAACGUGCUCUCAGACUCCACCAUCACCUGGUUCCGCGACGAGGUGGAACUGCUGCAGGUGAAACGAAGUGCUGGGGACGAGAGCCAAGUGGCGCUGGCUAUUGUCCAGGCCUCCAACAGAGACUGUGGCGUGUACGCUUGCACCAUCAAGAAUGAAUACGGCAACGAUACCACAGACUUCCUCCUCAGCUCCGACAUUCUGGCCGAGUACCAGUUGAGAGAUGAAUUAGAAGUGGGUGAGGAGAUCGAGAUGACGCCGCUGCUGUUCACCAAGGGCCUGGCCGACCCCGGCAGCUGGGGCGAGAAGUUCUUCGGCCGCAUCAUGACGGAGGAGGUGCACCUGGGCGAGGGCUUCGCCCACAAGGCCACGCGCGUCAAGGUCAUCUACGGCCUGGACCCCGUCUUCGAGUCCGGCAGCACCUGCAUCACCAAGGUGCGCAACCUCAUCGCGUACGGGACCAAGGAGGAGAGCCACCUCGUGGAGAGGAACCUGGAGUUCACCAAACAGUUGUGCAGAAUGCAGAAUGUACUCCGAGAAUACUGCAAGAUCUUUGCCGCUGAGGCAAGAGUGAUCGAAAACUUUGGCCAUGCUCUGGAAGUGAGCCCGGUUUACCUGAUGUACCGGCCAGCCAAUACGGUGCCGUACGUCACCGUGGAGGCAGAGCUUAAAGGAGAGUACGUUAGGUACUGCUUCACGGACCCUUCGGGCCGUCUGGUGACCAGAACCUCCAACGAGGUGGAACAGAAGUGCAGCACAUUCCAGCACUGGAUACACCAGUGGACCAAUGGAAACCUGGUGGUCACGCAGCUAGAAGGAGUUGAAUCGAAAGUCACCAACAUCAGGAUUGCUGCCAAGACUAAAGGGUACCAGGGCCUAACGGACGAGGCGUCCCCGAAGGUGCUGGAGCAGUUCCUGACGCACCACCAGUGCAACUACUACUGCGGCCUAAUGGGCCUGCGCCCCAUCAAGGUCACCGACUUCAUGCAGCAGCCCAGCAAGAUGAAGGGAUCCCGAAGCCCCAUGCUGUCACGCAAGGCAGCGGGCACGGGGGGUACGGGUACGGGCACGGGCGCCACCAGCCCCCAGCUCCAGAGGAAGGCUGGCAGCAGUCCGACGCCAAGCAGGAAGCUGGCCACCAGCCCCAAAGUCACCAGGAAAACGGUGGGUGGUGGUGGUGGUGGUGGUGGUGAGGAGGUGGCAGGGGGGGAUGCUGGCGGCAAGCACAAAGCGGUGGAGAUCCCCAAAGUGGUCAGAAUGAGAUAGACAAAGUGUGGUGACAGAAGGAAGGAAGACGAAUGGAGAAAGGGGGGUUGUGGAAAUGAACCACGCAAAGCUGCUCUGUUCUGCUCUGCUCAAUCGAAGCUGCUUAGAGUGGGAUUUCUCACCCUUCCCUAAAGGUAAAAAAAAAAGAUGACCUAGUCCUGUUUUGACGUCAGACAUCUUAAUCUAGACUGGUGGCAGACGCUGGUGUUUUUGCACAUGAUCGUGGCCUUGACUAGAAAUGUGACAGACGAUUAGUCUGAGUGUUCUUAUGAAAAGAGACGAGUGAAGACGUGAUGGCUACUGUAGACAGCGUAGAGAGGCCAAGGGGCAACAGCCAGUGAGCUGUCACUCCAGGUGAUGAGAGCUGAAGUUCUACUGUGAGUUCUACUGUUGCCUCCUCCUCCUCCUCCUCCUCCUCCCCCCUCCCUCUUUAUCCUACUCCUCCCUCCCUCCCUUCCUCUUAUUCUUUCUUCUCUUUGUCCUCUCCUCUCCUUCCUUCUCCUUUUCCCCUCCUCUCCUUCCUCCUCCCCCUACUUAUGCUUAUUCCUCCUCCUCCUCCUCCUCCUCCCCCUUCUCUCCCACCUCCAUCUUCUCCUCCUCCUCUUCAUCCUUCCUCCUCCUCCU